CAAUCCAUUCGGUCUGAGUUGUGUCCGUGUGACAUUCAUAGCCGAGCUGGUGUUCUUCAAUGGAUUUCAUUGUGUGGUUUCUAUUUUUUACACGGAAUUGGCACUCAUCUACAGCCCGCUGGGGCGCUCGUCCAUAGAGAGUGGUUCAUUGUUAUAUGUCCGUAUUGGUCCUGACUCCAGUGGCUUUUGCAUGAUUCUGAUUUGAAGUCACCUAGCAACAAGAAGCUACUAGGUGGAGGCCAUCGCUAUUGGGUUGGAGGCCAUCGCUAGUAGAAACAAGAAGCUACUAGUAACUGGAAGCUACUAGUUGAAGUCACUCCAGGCGCAUUUGCCCAAGCCAAUGCCACCACCACCAUCGCCAUGCCGGCAGUCUGGCUUGCAAUGGUUGAGUGAGCAGGCCCACCCAUCGAACCUGGAGCUUCAAGAGGAGGUGAAGCGUCUCAAGUUGGAGAAUUCGGAACUCAAGAAGGACGCUGAAAGACUUGAGACGGAGCUCGAGGAAGUGCGCCGCAAGUGGGUGACCUGGCAAGACUUGCCACCCACACUGGCUGCGGAGAUGAUUGUUGAUGUAAGGGAGCUGCGCUACAGCCAGUUGACAAUUCAGGGCAGAUGGUUCAAGGAAGAAGACGGCCAGCCUCGCCGAUCACUCGAGGAGCUGAUCGACGCACUGAAAGCCGGGUCGAUAAAUCCAAUGCAAGCAGACUUUUUGAAGUUGACGGUUGUGCUGAAGAUGGACUCACAGGGCCAAAAGGCCUUGUUCUCCACGGACAAUCGCCGACUUUAUUGCUUGAAGGAGUACCAGAGGGAAAUUGGCAACAAGCCUGUUCCUGUUCGAGUACGCAUUUUUACCUGGGCAGAUGUCCAAGAUGGAAGGAGGAUUCUUCGGAAUUGUGACGAGACCGAUGGGCACUCCAUCCAAAAGCGGGACGGGUCGAACAGAUCAAGGUCUACAUCACCCUGGCCCUCACCCAGGCCUAGGUCACCCUGGCGAGCUCAGUGAAAGAGGUGAAGCCGAUCUUUCCUAAGCUUCAAUCGGAAGCGAAGAUGGCGCAGAAGCUGGUUUGAGGUCUGGUGUGAGAGCUUUGAAGGCUUGAGAUGAGGGAUCAUCACAGCUUCUGAGCUUGAACCAGCUCCGCUGACGUUCGGAUGUUCUUGGAGCCACUCUCAGUGGAAGAUUCCGGAAGAUGCGCAUUUGGAAUCCUCCAAUGUGGGCCAGGCCGCACAGUGCCCCUCCUCCUCGAGGAAUCUUCAACGAGGCAGUUUGCCCGUGAGGUCUUUCUGUGGCUGGUCUUUCUCUACACAGAGUGGAAACUACCAGACUGGCAACCUCCACUCGGCACACGACUUACUACGUGCUGACAAAAACAGGGACUUUCGAUGUGGGGGACCAACUUGCCGGAAGCCUGAGAAGAAAUACGCGAAUACAAUGGAUUUCAUUGUAUGACAACCGCAAAC